AUGGGUGUUGAUAACGAAAAGAAAAGGUCUACUUCAGAUUCUUCAGCUUCACCGCGUGCCAAAAGGCUGAAACCAAUGCAGGAGUUGAGUGAGUCAGGACCAUUGACUCAGGCAGACGUAGUCUAUUUCCAAAAGGAAGCUAUUUGGAGACAGAUGAUACAAUACAAGCAACAGAUGAUGUCUAUGCGUCUGGAGUUAAUAAGAUUACAACGAGAAUCAGAUGCUCUGAAGCAUAUUGUUUGUGUAUUGACUGGAUGGUACGAGCAGAUACUUGCUCUUUUUGAUGAACUAAACAGUGAAGAAACGAGCGAUUUAUUAUUAGCUAUUACAAAAAACGAUGAUGAACGACUUGAAUUAAUUCGAAAGAAGUUAUCGAACUUAAUUUCGAGUAAAGUGACAUUUGAUUCCGACAAGUACGAGAAGGUGUGUGGAGAGUUGGCUCUUCUUUCUCGCCAAAACGAACAGAUUCUAGAAGAAAAGCGUUCACUUUGUGCAAAAAUCGACGAAUUAGAGUCCAAAAUAAUUGAGUUGAACAAAGAGUAUGAGAGAGCUCAGUCAAAGACGUUAAGGAGGUUGGAUUCACAAAGACACAUCAAAACCGAGGAGGAUGAGAAAUCAAACACCAAAGAAGAGAACCCACAACCAAACGGACAUCACAAGGAAAAUGACAAGAAUGCCCAAGUGGAUUCUGAAGAACUAGAUCAUCUUAAAUGUGAAUUGGAUAAAUUGAAAACAGCUAACCAACUUCUUGUGCAACAAGUGGAAGAACUUACUAAAGAGAACCAAUCUUUAAUUCAAAAGUCAUUGAAUUUGGACAAUAAGCUACACAAUUUGGAAGAGUCGGAUUUGGAAGACAAUAUCUACUACAAAAAAAUUGUCAAAAACAAUCAAUCAUUGCAAGAACAAAUUGGUAAACUCACCAAACUUAACUCAAGUAAUGUAUCACGCUUAAAUGAUUUGGAAAGACAACAAAACGAUUUAAAGUCUGUCAUCGAAGGUGAAAUAAUCGAAGAAAACGAAAAAUUGAAACUGCAGCUACAUGAAAGCGAAAACAAUUUGGUGAGAAUCAGAACCACUCGUGACGAGUUGUUGUCUAAAAACAACAUUUUAACCAGUCAAUUGCAAGAUCAGAAGACAAACGAGUCUUUAGUGGAGCUAAACAAUGUUCUUUCCAAUAGGGUUGAGCUAUUGACAGAGGAGAGAUUAGAAGCCAUUGUUGGCACACCUGGUGAUGCUAAACUUGAAGAUUUAUCUCAACAAGAAUUGAUUCACAAGAUUGGCCAAUUGAAUAACGAAAUUAAAGAAGUCGAGUUGGCUUUCAAACAAACAAGAGAAAUCACAUUGAAAAAGUUGACUAGCUCGAUUGAUCAAGAAAACUUGACAAAAAAACUAACCAUUGAGAAGAAUAAAGCCGACCAAAAAUAUUUUUCUGCCAUGAGAGUGAAGGAUUCAUUAACGAAUGAAAACAAGUUGUUGAAGAUUCAAAUUGCUAAAUCACAAGAUUUAAUUAAAAACCUCAAUGAUUUGGAAAAGAAAUAUUUGAAUAAAAUUGAUCUUUUAAGCAAUCAGUUGGUUGAUUUUAGGAUUAUCAAGGAAAACUCACUAGCAGAAAACUCGAAGUUACAUGAUGAAUUGAAGACUUUGACUAUUGCCCAGGGUGCGUUACAACAAGAAGUCGAAAGAGUAAACAACAAGUUGGAAUCUACUUUGAAAGAGAAUACUGAUUUGCAGGACUCAAAUAAGAAACGAGAUCUUGAAUUGGUCAAGCUUCAGAAGCAAUUGCAAAGCACCGAGAACAUCUUACAGAAAUACAAAACAAACAAUACCAAUUCACUUUUACAAGAAGAUGAGCAGCAGCUAGAGGCUUUAAGAUCAAUAGCCAAGUGUUCAGUAUGUUCAAAGAAUUGGAAGGACACAGCAAUCACAGUUUGUGGUCAUGUAUUUUGUUCCAAAUGUACACAGGAAAGGUUGGCUGCCAGAUUGAGAAGGUGUCCCAGUUGCAAUCGAGGAUUUUCUGCUAACGACUUGUUAUCAAUUCACUUGUAA